GCACAUUUUAUCGAUCACCUACACCUGGUUUUACCUACUACAAUUCUUCACUUCAGAUUCUGCGCAUCAUUGCCAGUCAUUAACAAGCACAUCCACUUUCCUUUGAUUUCGCAUAAUCCUCACUACUUUCAAGCACCAUCCUCAUCCCACCUCGUGAAUUGACGUCAGCUUCACAACCCGCGUUCUUCCAUCCACAUGCGACGCGACCAACCCACCAAAACCAUCCCCUCCCACCGCUGAGAACACCAUACACGAUACAGCCCGCCAGACAACACAACCCACGAACGAACCAAACCCCACAUCCCCAGACAGACAGACAUGACAUCCUCGAUCUCGCCCUCCCCCACCAUCCUCCUCCCGGACCUCCCCCCGAAAACCCUCGUCGGCAUCGACCUCAUCACCUUCACAUCGACCCCCAACUUCCACGGCAUCCGGGACCUCCCACCAGGCUGGCACUUCCUCUACACCGGCACCACGGAAAGCCUAUCCCUCCGCAGCGGCGGCUGGUUCUACAUCACUCCCCCCAGCCCUGACCAAAACCACGCACUCGUUCCCACCACACCCACAACCCCCGACAUCCUCAUCUGGAAAUGGAACCCCGAUACCGAGACCCUCUCCCCACUCCUCGCCACCAACAACACAGAUAAACAAGAAGCGCUCCGCCAUAAAGCCAACCUCGGGACGAUCUGGCAACGGGGCGGAUUAUUCCGCUACUGUAGUCGCGUAUCCCCCGCCGCGUUAGCACAGCAGAGUGCUGGCCGGCCCGUGCAGUAUGAGAUUGACGAGGAGGAUGAAGCGGAGGGGAGACAAACGUGGAGGGAUCUCACGGAUCAGAUGACCCCGGGGCUGUUGACGAGGGUUGUGGGCGAUGCGGUGGUGGAUGUGGAUGGACGGGCACGAUGGAUGGUUACGUCGGCGAGUUCGGCGCUACGGGAUAAUGAUGUGAUACCGGGGAUUACAGAUACAGAUCCGGAGACGGCGAAGGAGGAGAUGGAGAAAGUGACGGGGGAGAAGGAGAGCGAGUUUUCGUUCUUGCCGGUGGAUUUGAAGCGGACGUGGCGGGAGGGGGCGAUAGGGCGGGAGAGGACGGAGGCGGCGCAGGAUCGGUCGUGGGCGUUGGGGGAUCUGGUGCAGCGGGUUUCGGGGGAGGAGAGGGAUGGGGAGGCACAAGUGCUGGGGGAGUUACAGUUUACGUUCCUGAUGAUCUUGACGUUGAUGAAUUACUCGUGUUUGCAGCAGUGGAAGCGGUUGUUGGAGUUGGUGUUGACGUGUCGGAGGGCGAUACGGGAUCGGGAGGUGCUGGUCAGCGGGGUGCUGAGACUGCUUUUGCUACAGCUGAAGCGAUGUGAUGAUGUGGAAGGGGGGCUUUUUGACCUGGAUGGGGAGGAAGGGGGGGAGUUUCUGCGGAAGCUCCUGAUCAAAUUUCGGCGGUCGCUGUAUGAGGUCGUUGAGGUAACGGAGUCGGUGGUGAAGACUGAGUUUGAGAAGUUAGAGGCGUGGGUCAAAGAGGAGUAUGACUGGGAGUUGAAUCGCGAGGUGGUGGUCCGACGGGGGAUGGUCCAGUUGGAGGAUGGCGAACAGGUGGAGCUGGAUAUGCAUGACGAUGAUGAGGAUGAUGAACUAGGCGAGUAUGCGCCGAUGGUGGUCGAUCUGGGAGAGAAUGCUACGCCGGAUGAUGUCAAUACGGAGGAGGAUUGAGGAUUCCAGAUGGCUGCAAUGGACAUGAGAUGAGUUGCUAUAUUUGGACGACAUGAUGCGAGUUAUAUUCAACAUCCAGACCGGUCCAUUGGAUCCGCAGCAAUCUAUGGUGGCCCCGAACUGUCUAUACUAUGACCCUUCCGAUACUAGUGUCCGGAGAAGAUGGUCACAUAGCAGCAGGGAUCGGAGAA